CCGCGGCGGGCGGGUCUUUUCAACGUCAGAGCCCAGCGACGCGGUUGGUCUUUACCGCCCGCUCGGCGCCGCCAUGUUGAAGGUAAUUCGGCUGGGGGCCACCCCUGUUAGCCUGAGUUUGCUCUCAAUCCAGGUUUAUGCCUCCUCGUCAGAGAAGGAGACAGCCAAAAAGGAGUUGCUGAAAAUUGAGGAGCUGUCACUCUACUCCUCUCCAGCUCGAGAGACUAAAUACGUGGAGAAUCCACAAACCCAAUUGGAAGAGGGGGUUUCACAUUUACGGCAUGUUAUGGAACCAUAUACAGCCUGGUGUCAGGAUCUUUAUGCCAAAGCUAUACCCAAAUUAGAAAAAGCUGUUGAGCAUGGUAGAGAGGGCUGUGAAUUUCUCCAAAACCCCCCUGCUGGAUUUUAUCCAAGGCUUGGUGUCAUAGGUUUUGCUGGAAUUGUUGGAUUGUUUCUUGCUAGAGGCUCAAAAAUAAAGAAGUUAGUGUAUCCCGCAGGUCUCAUGGGUAUUGGUGCCUCCAUGUAUUACCCUCAGCAAGCGGUUUCUAUUGCAAAGGUUGCUGGUACACAGCUGUAUGACUGGAGUCUUCAGGGAUAUAUUGCUGCAGAAUCUCUUUGGAAGGAUAAUCCUAAGAAGAAGAAAUCUGGAAAAAAAAGUGAUAAGGGUGAUGCAGAUGGUGACAAGCCCCUGGAAAUCCAUGCUACUUCAAAUGAAGAGCGAGCCCAGAAGUAGAAGACCAGAUCGCUUGGCAUCAAACAGGUGAACAAAAAAAAUACAGAUAUGAGAACAAUUUCCCAAGAAAAAGAGGAAAAACAUCUGAAUCCAUUUUGAUUUUGAAUGUGACUAAUUUGCCUUCUGCCUCAGGAAGGACUGACGGUGUGGCUGCUUGGGCUUCUGGUAUGGAAUCUGUGAAAGGACACUACGUAUCGUGGGUCAGUCUUGAGACCUUGUCCUCAAUUAUGCAGUGGGAUUCAAGUCUGUCCAUUGCAGGAUCAGCAUUGCAAGUAGCAAGCCUCAAAAAUCUUCAGUCUCUUGUUAUUAUUUAUAUAUAAAAUAAAAUUCCAGUUACACAAAA